AUGACCCGUUCAGAAAGAGAAUAUCUAGCAAAACGUAUUGUACAGCACUACGUGAAUAUUUCCAAUCGUCAGAAGAAAAUUACUGUAAACCAUUUUGCACAAGAACAAGUACCACGUCGAAAUAUAUACAAUAUCAUCAAAAAGUUUGAAGAAUUUGGUAUUGUUGGUGAUCAACCUAGAUCCGGUCGUCCCAAAAAAUUGUCUACACGGAAAUUAACUGAAUUGAAACGUUUGACUGAUCAGAAGACUGACAUUUCUCUUCGACGACUUGUUCCCAAAUUCAAUGUCAAUUUUUCAACGCUUAGUCGAAAUUUGAAAGCUAUGGGUAUAAUGUAUCGAAAAAAGAAACGAGCACCCAAAUACACCGACAAACAACUUCAAGAAAUUCCAUUACGUGCACGACGCUUAUAUCGAACAUUAUUAAAUGAUGAUUUUGAACUGAUCUUAGACGACGAAAAAUAUUUUCUUUUACACAAUGAAUCAGUAGCUGCUAAUCGUGGCUUUUACACAUCAGAUCCAAAUACAGCACCACCAGAAAUCAAAUUCAAACGAUCAAAAAAGUUUGAACCGAAAGUUUUAGUAUGGGUUGCAAUUUCAGAAAAUGGCAUCUCAACACCAUUCUUUUCUUAUCAACAACAAGCUAUUAAUCAAGCGACAUACCUGAAUAAAUGUAUUAAAGCACGUUUAAUGCCAUUUAUCGACAAUUAUCACAACAAGAACAAAGUCUUAUUUUGG